AUGUUACCACAAGAAGAAGCUUUGGAUAACCUGAUGGAAUUUCUUCACGAAUACGGAUACAAGAAAGUGCAAGGAAUAGUUCUGAAUACAAUACGACAAUUAGCAGCUAUCGUCGUGAAAGAGAAUGUUUUUGUCUAUGGUAACAAGAUUUAUCGUCAAAUUCUUGGUGGUGCAAUGGGUUCAUCGUUUACAUUAACACUAGCGAAUAUUUUCAUGUGGAAGUGGCAAAAGAAAUUUGUUAAUGAACAAAAGAACGCAGGUGAAGUGUUCGGCCGAUAUAUUGAUGACGUGUUCAUGACUUGGAACGGAUCUGAAGAAGACUUGAAAGAAUCAUUGGAUAAGGCAAAUACAUGGCAUGCUAAUACUAAAUUAGACUACAAAAUUGGCAAAAGCCUACCAUUUCUGGAUGUGCUCGUAACUAAUGAAAAUGGCGUUCUUGCAACAUCCGUGUAUCAUAAACCAGCAGCGGAACCUUGUGUGAUACCAUUCAUCUCCGAUCAUCCUUAA